AUGUUUGUGUUGGUUUCAGUUGCAAGAAGACCAUCUGUUGCUGGUGUUGUCGGGCUUGCAUUAGGUGGAGGAUUGGCGGUUGUUGCUUCCCAUGCUAGAGUCGUUGCUUCUACUGCAGCUCGGUGUUAUUCAUGGAUUUGGAGGAAUAUAAUGAUUAGGUUGAUCUUCAUGAUCCUAAAACCUAGUGCAACUUCCCAUUCCAUCUGGAAUAAUCUUGAAACCUUGUUCAGAGAUAACAAACAGGCAAGAAUAAUCGAACUUGAUCAUGAUCUUCACACUCUCACCCUCGGGGAUCUCUCUAUUUCUGAUUACUGUGAAUGCAUGAAGGUCAUCUUUGAUUUACUCACCAACAUUGGUUCCCAAGUACCUGAGCAAACCUUGGUCACAUAUCUUAUCAAUGGAUUGUCACCAAAGUUUGACAAUAUUGCAACCAUGCUGCGUCACCAGGACCCUCUACACUCUCUCCUUAAAUGUCGAUCUAUUCUAUCUUUGGAGGAACGUACUAUAAAUCGCAAUCUCCCGACCCAACCCCUCUAUAUGGAUCAUGCCUCUUCACCCACUGUUCUUCAUGUUGGAAACCACAAUCAAAACACCACCAGCUCCUCUUGUGGUGGUCGUCAGCCAAAUCAGUAA